AUGUCGCCGCGAGUGAUGCCACGUGCCGACCCCCUAGCCGCCGAGCAGGGUCCGGCCGCAAACGAUGGGUUAGGUAUUUCCGACAACGCCGGCGGCGCUCAAAACCUGACCGCCUCUGCCGUCGCCGCCGCAGGCUCGGCGGUCAUCACCGGCGGGUUCCAGGAAUCGCUACUGGGCCUGCACACCACCAACGCCAUCCUCAUGGUCGUGUUGAUCGCCGUGCUGGUGCCGCUGGCGGUCACGGCGGUGUGGUUCAUGUGUCGCCGGCGGCAGAAGAAGAAGGUAGCGGCGGCGGUGGCGGGGGAGAACGGGGAUAGGAAGAUGCGGCCGCUUACGCUGGUCGCGAGACACAUCUCCGACGGCGGGAAGAAAGUCGAGAGGGACGUGGAGAGGGAGGGGGAGAGGGAGGGGGAGAUGGAGGGGGAGAUGGAAGGGGACAGGGAGAGGGAGGGGGAGAAGGGCUUGGUGAUGGUUGAGGUCUCGCUUGCAGAGGAGGAGGAAGAGGACGCGGUCGCGAAGGCAAAGAGGGAGGCGCAGGCUCAGGUACAGGCGGAGGCACAGGCGGAGGCUCAGGAACAGGCACUGGAUCAGGCAUUGGCACAGGCACAGGCGAAGCGGGGAUGGUGGAGGUGGAAGACGUAGACGUUCUAGACGUAGACGUAGACGCAUAGUAGGGUGUUGGCGUUGGUUUACAUGCAUACAAGAAAUUUGCACGAUGGCCGAGGAAAAUGGGCAGGUAUUCAUUCAAUUCGUUCAUGCAUUCAGCGGAGACGGCAAGAUUAUUUCCUUUUGCGUUUCUUUCUCUUUCUUUCUUUCUCUUCUUCUUCUUCUUCUUUUUUUCUUUUCU